AUGAAUCGCAAUUGCUGGCUGCCCCAGGGCUUGGCUGCAAAUGCCGGCAGCAACAACAAGCCCCCCGGGCCGGACCUCUCGUCGUACCGCCUCCCGGACGACGAGGCGCUGCGCAUCUUCAACGACGAGAUCCUCCCCGCCGAGCUGCCCCCGCUGUCCGCUGACCCCUCCGCUUCGUCUCGCGCCGGCGACGACGCGCGCCCCCUCGCCCUGCUCGUCGUAGGCCAGACCGGCGCCGGCAAGACGAUCCUCGCGCAGGCCCUCCUCGAGGCCCUCGAGCGCCGCCGCGCGAGCGCAUCUCCUCAGCACCCCAUCCAACCCCCCGCGCACCUUAUCGCAGACACGUACAAGACGUACCACCCGCAGUACACGCGCCUCAUGCUCUCCACGCCGCACCUCGCCUCCCCGGCCACGGGGCCCGACGCCCGCCGCUGGCUCGCCAUGGCCGCCCGCGAGGUCGCCCGCCGGCGCCUCGACGUGCUCCUCGAGAGCGCCUGCCGCCACCCGGACGACUUUACGCAACUCGCCGCCCUCUUCCGCGACAACGACGCCGCCUACCGCGUCGAGGUCGUCGUGCUCGCCGUCCCCGCCCCGCUCAGCCGCCUCGGCAUCUUGAUGCGCUUCUACGAGAAGCUGCCCGAGGGCCAGUCGCGCAACCUGCCCGUGCGCCUGACCCCGCGCAAGGUCCACGACGACUCGUACGCGGGGCUGCUCCACGCCGCGGCCUUUCUCGACGGCAAGACUAGAGCCGUUUCGUCUAGAGCAGCGGCAGCUGACCAGGUGCUCGUUGUACGCCGCGGGAAUCUCGUCGUCGCGCGGGCGGAGGGGACGGGCGUCGCGGAGGCGCUGCGCGCGGAGAGGGAGCGGCCCCUGACGCAGGCCGAGAUGAAGACGGCGCUCGACGACGUGCAGAAGCUGAGCACCCACGAGGAGGCCAAGGAGCAGCUCGACGAGGUGAGGGCCAUGCUGCAGCCUCUCCUCAAGGAAGCGGACGCCUCUGCCGGCCAGUUCCCCGCCCUGCUGCCCCUGAAGUUUGCGACGGAUGGUGGAAGCGACAGCGGUCAGAACGUGCUUCGGCUUGGAAGAAUGUAG